AUGGUGAAAGUUAGACCACAGUUCAUAGAAACGGUGAAGGAGGUGUUAGACACAUUUACAUUAGAGCCCUCUGUCAAGAAGAAUACGGAGGUAUCGAAUUAUUUUUUGCAGGAGUAUUUCGACAAGUUUUGGCUCUCAUUACGUAAGGUGCUAAAGCUAUUGGCAAAAAAGCUGUUCGAGCAGGUGUCGUGCGACACGCACGUCGCCGGAGUAGGGACCUCAGCCUUCGCGACACUGGGGGACUCCGACGAGGAGCUAUCAGAGGGUGACGAGCGCGCCCAACGUCGACAGCAGCAGAAGGAGCAGGCCGAGUUACUGCAGGCUCUUUUGGCCGGGCAACUGCAGGAACACGCAGAGGAAGCCGACGCUAAAGCGACGUCAGCGACGGCCCAGGAGGCCGCCUCCGAGACCGAGCAGCAACAGCAGCAGACGACAGCUACCACCAUGACCGAGCCGAAAAUUCCUCGCUUCUGGGCCGAGGCCCCCGCAGCUUGGGUCGCCCAGGCGGAGGUCAUCCUGCAAGCCAGCGGAACGACGGACGACUCGCAAAAAUACAUCGCGCUCGUCAGCGCACUCACUGGUCCUGCGGUAUCGGAGCUUUCCGACAUCAUCGCCAACCCUCCGACGACGAACCGCUUCAAGGCCAUCAAGGACGCGAUCCUGUCCCGUUUCCAGGACUCUGCCGACGCCCAGCUGCGCAAACUCUUCGGGCAGCUUCAACUGGCUGACUUGAAGCCAUCGCAGCUCCUCCGCCAGAUGAAGGGCCUGGCCGCAGGCAAGGUCUCCGAUGAAAUCCUGAAGGUCCGGUGGCUCGACCUCCUUCCUCCACAGGUCAACAGCAUCCUCCGGAUCAUGAAGGCAGCUACCCUCGAUGAGCUCAGUGACAUGGCAGACGAACUCGCUGGCUCCCUUCCAGGCGUCAACGCCGUGUCCACUCCGCCCGCGCCUGCGACAGCGCCGGUCCAUCACGCAGGCCCUAGCCUCGCGCAAGAGGUAGCCGAGAUACGAAAGCUGCUCAAUCAGCUGCUCUCGGAGAAGCAGCAGCAACCCGCCCGGAACCGUUCCAGGUCGCGCUCUCGAGGGCGGAACAACCAGCAGGCCGACCCAGUUGCCCACCCGGAUUGGUGCUGGUUCCACCAGAGGUUCGGGGCAGAUGCCAGGAACUGUCGCGCGCCCUGCUCCUUCGACCGCAAGCUGCAGCCCCAGCCACUGACGCUCACCGCCGCUAACGCCACGCCGAUACCCACCUUCGACAACCACAUCCUGACCAUCGAGCUGGGACUUCGACGGGCAGCGACAUGGAAUUUCAUUGUCGCCGACACCCAGGUCGCUAUCAUCGGAGCCGACUUUCUCGCACACUUUGGCUACUUCGUGGACGUCAAAGGUAAGCGCCUCAUCGAUCCGACGACUAACCUCUCGACGCCUGGCUCCCUAGCACCGGCAGCCAUCCACAGCGUGUCGGUCGUCACUGCACCGGCGCGCACGCCUCCUGGAGGCCUAGGCCGCCGCUACGCAGACCUCUUCGCCGAGUACGCCGACAUCUGCUCCCCGGAGGCCACCAUGGCAGCACUUCCCGACCUGCCGGUGCAACACACCAUCCACACGACCGGCCCUCCAGUCUUCGAACGGCCUCGGCGCCUGCUUGGAGUGCGUCUGAAAGCUGCCAAAGAGGAGAUCGGACGCCUUCUCAACCUGGGCAUCGUCCGACCGUCAUCCAGUCAAUGGGCCAGCCCACUUCACCUGGUCGAAAAGGAGGCGUCUGGGAAGGUUUUCUCAGUCAUUGACUUGAGGAAGGCCUUCUACCAGAUCCCGAUCACCGAGGAGGACAUCCCAAAGACGGCCAUGACAACCCCCUUCGGCGUGUACGAGCUCACGAGGUCUUCCAUGGGACAACGAAACGCCGCCCAAUCUCUCCAGCGGACCAUGGACCACGUCCUGCGUGGUUUGCCCUUCGCCAGGUGCUAUCUCGAUGAUAUUUUCGUGGCCUCUGAGAACCACGAGCAACACCUUCAACAUCUGCGCCAACUCUUUGACGUCUUGCGCAAGGCGAAGCUCCGGAUCAACCCGCAGAAGUGCUUCCUCGGCCAGGACCAGGUCGACUACCUGGGUUACACGGUCUCGGCUGACGGCGUCCACUAA